GGCUUGGCAAGUGUCACAUUAAGAAUCUGUCAAAACAAAUUGGUCAAUGAUACUUGUGUCGAAAUUUCCUUAAUUUACCAACAAAAUGGGUCUAUUUGGCAAAUCUAAUGAUCGAAAUCCAAAAGAAAUGGUAAACGAAUGGUCACACAAACUACGCAAAGAAGGGUACAAUUUGGAUAGACAAAUCCGAGCAAUACAGCGGGAAGAGGAAAAGAUCAAACGUUCGUUAAAAGAGGCAGCCACAAAAAAUGAUAAGCAAGUGUGCACAAUAUUGGCGAAGGAAAUCAUACGAUCGCGGAAGGCCAUCAGUAAAAUAUACACUAGCAAAGCACAUUUGAACUCGGUACAAAUGCAGAUGAAAAACCAGUUAGCUACUUUAAGAGUUGCGGGGUCAUUGCAAAAGUCCACUGAGGUAAUGCAAGCAAUGCAAGCCCUCAUCCGUUUACCAGAGAUAGCCAACAUCAUGCAAGAGAUGAGUAAAGAGAUGAUGAAGGCGGGUAUAAUUGAAGAGAUGCUGGAUGAAACCAUGUCUGCGGUGGAAGAUGAAGAGGAAAUGGAGGAAGAGGCGCAGAGUGAGGUUGACAAGGUGCUAUGGGAGCUCACACAGGGCAAACUGGGAGAAGCGCCGGCACCCCCCACGGCCGUCGGGGCGCCGUCCACGAGCCGCGAGGCGGAGCCCGUGGCAGACGAGGCGGAAUUGGACGAGAUGCAAACCAGACUCGAGGCGCUGCGAUCUUAGUGAUACGAAACUUACUUAUAAAGGACUCGCUAGACGGCAUGGAGCGUGAAGUUUGCUAUUGCCUUGUAUUUUGUACAUAAUAAGUUCUUAGAGAAUAGCUUAACGUUUAAUGUUCUGCAUUUUCGAAUAUUUAAAAUUAUUUUUAUUAUAGUGUAUUUAUUUACUAAUUGGCAGAACUAACGUCACAUUAUUUUCUGUAUAAGUGAUCAUUUUUAAAGGUUUAACCCAUACAACGAUAUUAAAAAUUCAACGCUAAUCAACAAACAAAUUAGCCCUUUAAACGCCACGCCUAUCGCGUCAUCGUAAAUCUCGUCGGAUUGCAGGAAGGUUGAUAUUGACGUUGACGUAUUUAGAGGUUUUCUUUACAUACCGGGAACAUUAUCAUGUCGAUUAUGGUAUAGCGAUGUGAGCGUAAGUUAUUUAACUUUCACGAUUUCUACACAUUAUUAAAUUGUAGACUUUUUUCUCAUACCACGUCGGUGGCAAUCAAGCGGGGUCCCUUUGUUUGACAUAAUUAUUGAAAGUCAUAAUGUAAUGAUUGUCAUAUUAUCAUUAGUCAUAAUUCUGAAACCGUGAACUUUUUAGGAUUUUCCUCGGGUCAUUCUUUAGAUAGGUUAGGUUAGGUUUGAUUUAUGGCAAUUCUGAAAAGUUACGCUUUUCUGAGUAAAACCAAAUUAUGACUAACGAAAAUGUGGACAAACAAUACGUUAUGACUUAAAACUAUAUAGGAAACAAUAGAGACCCCAAUAAAGCAUACGGCCCGCCUGAUGAUAAGCAGUUACCGUAGCCUAUGGACGCCUGCAACACCAGAGAUAUUACAUGCGCGUUGCCGAUCCUUUAAAAACCUGUACACUCCUUUUUCUACUGUACACAAUCAAUUACUGUCAACAUAGCGGAAUACAAUAAAAAUCGGCUUCUUUCGGUCUUAGUUGUGAUUGUGACGUUCGAAUGAUCUUUAGUCUCUGUGAUAGAAUAAGGGAGGAACCGUUUCUAGUUAUUAUAAUGUCAUUGUUAUUAAUAAAUUUCACGCUAAUUUUCUUCCAUAAUUUGAUCACUUGUCUCUAAUUUAGUACAGAUUUAGCUCUCAUAAUACAUUAAGAAAGUGUUAUUUAAUCUUGUACUAUUUGUUUCCGAUGUUACCUGUAUGUAAUUUGGCAUGUUUUUAUACAGGAUGUUUUUUUAGGAACUCAAUCACAAAAGUUAUUGUAUAAUUAUAAUUACUAUUGUUAUGAACAUGCUGUUGGAGCCUGAAUGUGAAGUUUAUACGAUUGAAAUAAAUUAAUGCACUAAUCAUAA